AAACACUAAAUCAUAUUCAAAAUGAAGCGUACUAGGGUUGGAGUGAGGGAUGCGGCAGCGAGGGUUGAGGGCAAAUCCAGACGGUGGCAAGAGAAUCGUGAGGCAGCUGACUUAUGGCAUCGCUUUGCAAAAUAUGGGAUAAUGGUCGAUGUCUAUGUGCUACGAAAGAGAGAUAAGUGGGGUAAAAAGUUUGGCUUGGUUAGAAUGGCAGUGGUGCAGAACAAGGCUCAAAUGGAGAAGAGGCUUAACGAGAUAUGGAUUGGUUAUUAUAAGAUGAGAGUUAAGAUUGUGGAUAAUGGCCGAAAUCAAGAAUCAAGAAAUAAAAAGGCCGUUGUGGGUAACCGUAGUGAAGAGGAACGGGUGGAUGCAAGGCCAGAAAAUGUAAAAGAGAGGUUUAAGGAUAAGCGAUGUAGAUUGGCUUGGCUAUGCAUAUCAGGGGUUCCAUUGCAAGCCUGGAAUGAUCGAUGUUUUGAAAUGGUUGGAAGAACAGUGGGUGAAGUGGUCUUGAUUCAUGAUGAUACUAGAAGGAAGGCUAUUUUGUGUGAUGGAAGGGUGUUGGUUCUCUGCUCUAAUGUAUCUAAAGUUUCAAAAUCCAUUAAGCUGAACGUGGAUGAGAAGUUUGAGAUAGGAGUAGUGGAGGAGGAAUGGCGAUUUGAUCCAGACUGGUGGUUGUUGGAAGGCGACCGGUGGAGUUUGAUGGGUACUGCAUCGAAAUAUUCUUCAAUGAAGAGCAAAGAUGACGAGCACGAAUUAAUCAAUAACGAAAUUAGUGACGAGGAUGAUGACAGUGUUGAUGAGGAGUCAUUACACAAAGAAGAUUUUUUUAAUUCAAGAUUGCCGCAGGAACUUGGAGAAGUUAAUGGGCAUGAAUUAGGGCGGACUGGGUUACUGCACGAACAAAGCAAAGACAAGCACGACGGGCAAAAAGGGUUUCAAAUGGUGACCGAUGAAAUGGUAAAGAGGGUUGGAAGUGUUUCUUUGUCAGAUGGAUGCAUUGAGCAUCGAAAUCAGGAAAAUGAAAAGGAGAUUGAGCCUAGAUUACUUGAGAUGAAGGAACGGGAUGAGAUGAAGGGGCAAAAUCCGGUGGUUGAGGAAAAGUGGAAUGAGAUGGCAGUGGAUGGGUUUGCAGUAGCUAAUGUUGAAUGUGUAGACUUGAAGAAUGAAGAAUCUACACUGGAAGAAGACGAGUUAAAUGAAAGACAUGAGGGUUUUCAAGAGAUAUGGGACAUCAUGAGGAAGAGGGAAGCUUUAUGGAAGCAAAAGUCAAGAAGACUUUCGUGUGAUGGAAAAUGGGUGGAGGAGCUAGAGUUGGUAAAGAAGGUGACUGUUGACUACUUUCCAAAGCUGUUUUGUGGAGAAUCAUGGAAUCGCCCAAAACCUUCUAGUAUUAUUUUCAAGCAGAUAUCUGAGGAGAUGAAGGUAUGGUUCGGUUUUGGAUUGAGAUGGAGAGGAUGGAUAAAGGAGUGUCUUUUAAUAGCUAGAAUCUCAGUUCUAGUGAAUGGAAGUCCAACUGAGGAGUUUAUGAUGGGAAAAGGAUUAAGGCAAGGUGAUCCUUUAUCUCUUUUUCUCUUUCUGAUGAUUGCCGAGAGGUUACAUGGUUUAGUCAAAAAAGCUAAGAAAGAGGGACUGCUACAUGGAAUCGAAGUGGGCAGCAAGGGAUUGACUAUUUCAUUGCUCCAAUUUGUAGAUGAUACGGUGAUUUUGGGAAAAGCUAAUGGUGAUGGUGGUGAAAGCUUGUGGAAACAGGUCGUGUGGGAUAAAUAUCAUGGGGGUCGGAGGGAGGCGGACAUCAAGGCAGUGGAUAGUGUGAGGGUGUCUAGGAUUUGCAAGGAUGAUUUAUGUCCUAGAUUAUUUGAGUUAGCUGUGCAUAAGGAAGGUUUGGUUUGUGAAAUGGGGGUGCGGGAAGGGGAAUUAUGGAGAUGGAAUAUUGAAUGGAGAAGAGGGAGGUUGGGUCGAGAAAGGGGUAAGGAGGAGGUGUUGUGGGAGGUGCUAAGUAAAGUACAAAUCACGAAAGGUCUUGAGGAUUGUUGGAAGUGGAUGCAUGAUGCAAAAGGGAGGUAUGCAGUGAAGAAGGCUUACGAGUUUUUGUCACUGAUGGAGUUCAUUCUUCCAGAUCAAAUUUUGAUGUCUUGGUGGGGAAUUCAAGUUGUGAUGCCUAAUACAAUGGAAGGGGUAAUAGAGUUUUUCUUGUAUGAGUUGGGAAGUGUGGUAGCUAGCAGUGUUUUUUCAAUAUUUGAUUGGAAAUUCAAUCCGCUGGAAUGUGCUGUUGCUAUAAGAAAGCAUAGAAGAAUGUUGAGGGAGUUCCACAAGCAUAAAUAUGGAGAGCACUGAGAUUGGAAUGAUUUUAUCUUACAUGUUUGAUGGAAAUACUUUGUUUUAGUUAGCCUAUUGUAAUAGUUUUGUAUUUGGGUUGGAGUACCCCUUGUACUUUGUAUAAUAAAAUCUCAUUUAUUUU